UCUCGACUCCAGCACAGGCGCAAUGCAGCGCUCAGCCCCGGCGCAGGCGUUUGGGUAUUGCUCCCGCCCCGCUUCCUCUGCCGUCUUCUCCACCGGGCUCGGGUGGGGCCCAGAGGCGGCGAGUGACAGCGACUACGGUCCGUAGGCGCAGGGCAGGUGGCAGCCAUGUCGGACAGCGGGGCGAGCCGGCUGCGGAGGCAGCUGGAGUCGGGGGGCUUCGAGGCGCGGCUGUACGUGAAGCAGCUGUCGCAGCAGUCGGACGGCGACCGCGACUUGCAGGAACACCGGCAGCGCGUUCAGGCGCUGGCUGAGGAGACGGCGCAGAACCUGAAGCGCAACGUCUACCAAAACUACCGGCAGUUCAUCGAGACAGCGCGCGAGAUCUCGUACCUGGAGAGCGAGAUGUAUCAGCUGAGCCACCUGCUGACGGAGCAGAAGAGCAGUCUGGAGAGCAUCCCGCUGGCACUGCUGCCCACCGCCGCCGCGGGCGCCUCCACCGGUGAAGACACGCCGGGCUCGGGGCCGCGGGAGCGCGGGGCGGCCCAGGCAGCCUUCCUGCCCGGGCCGGCGGGCAUCCCCCGCGAGGGCUCUGGUACGGGCGAGGAGGGCAAGCAACGCACACUCACCACACUGCUGGAGAAAGUGGAGGGCUGCAGGGACCUGCUGGAGACGCCAGGCCAGUACCUGGUGUACAACGGGGAUCUGGUGGAAUACGAGGCGGAUCACAUGGCCCAGCUGCAGCGCGUGCACGGCUUCCUCAUGAACGAUUGUCUGCUGGUGGCUACCUGGCUGCCACAAAGGCGAGGCAUGUACCGCUAUGACGCGCUUUACCCACUGGACCGCCUGGCGGUGGUCAACGUCAAGGACAAUCCACCUAUGAAAGACAUGUUCAAGCUGCUCAUGUUCCCUGAGAGCCGCAUCUUUCAGGCAGAAAAUGCCAAGAUUAAACGUGAGUGGCUGGAAGUGUUGGAGGAAACCAAGAGGGCGCUCAGCGACAAGAGGAGGAGGGAGCAGGAGGAAGCAGCGGCCCCCCGGGCACCACUACCAGUCACUUCCAAAGGCAGCAACCCGUUUGAGGACGAGGAUGAUGAAGAACUGGCCACCCCCGAGGUGGAGGAGGAAAAGGUAGACCUCUCCAUGGAGUGGAUCCAGGAGUUGCCGGAAGACCUGGAUGUCUGUAUUGCGCAGAGGGACUUUGAGGGCGCUGUGGACUUGCUGGACAAAUUGAAUCACUACCUGGAAGAUAAGCCCAGCCCACCUCCUGUGAAAGAGCUGAGGGCCAAAGUGGAUGAGCGAGUGCGCCAGCUCACUGAGGUGCUGGUGUUUGAGCUGUCCCCAGAUCGUUCUCUGAGAGGUGGCCCUAAGGCUACUCGCCGGGCAGUGUCUCAGCUGAUCCGGCUGGGCCAGUGCACUAAGGCUUGUGAGCUGUUUCUGAGGAACAGGGCAGCAGCUGUGCACACUGCCAUCCGCCAGCUGCGAAUCGAGGGCGCCACUCUGCUCUACAUUCACAAGCUGUGCCACGUCUUCUUUACCAGCCUCCUGGAGACCGCAAGGGAAUUUGAGACAGACUUUGCAGGCACGGACAGUGGCUGCUACUCUGCAUUUGUGGUUUGGGCAAGAUCUGCAAUGGGCAUGUUUGUGGAUGCUUUCAGCAAGCAGGUUUUUGACAGCAAGGAGAGCCUGUCCACUGCAGCUGAGUGUGUGAAAGUGGCCAAGGAGCAUUGCCAGCAGCUGGGAGAGAUUGGGCUGGAUCUCACCUUCAUCAUCCAUGCCCUGCUGGUGAAGGACAUCCAGGGGGCCUUGCACAGUUACAAGGAGAUUAUCAUUGAAGCCACCAAGCACCGAAACUCGGAGGAGAUGUGGCGUCGAAUGAACCUGAUGACUCCGGAGGCCCUAGGAAAGCUCAAAGAGGAAAUGAGAAGUUGUGGGGUCAGUAACUUUGAGCAGUACACAGGAGAUGACUGCUGGGUGAACUUGAGCUACACAGUGGUAGCUUUCACCAAGCAGACCAUGGGCUUCCUGGAGGAGGCGUUGAAACUGUACUUCCCCGAGCUACACAUGGUGCUCCUGGAGAGUCUGGUGGAAGUCAUCCUGGUUGCUGUGCAGCAUGUGGACUACAGCCUGCGGUGUGAGCAGGACCCAGAGAAGAAGGCAUUCAUCAGGCAGAAUGCAUCCUUUCUUUAUGAAACUGUCCUCCCAGUGGUGGAGAGGAGGUUUGAGGAAGGUGUGGGGAAGCCUGCCAAGCAGCUGCAGGACCUGCGGAAUGCAUCCAGACUUCUUCGGGUGAAUCCCGAGAGUACUACUUCUGUGGUCUGAGACCCUAGUCUGCUCUGUGUCUGUGUCUGUGUACAUGUGCUACAGAUGCAUUAUUUGUAUUUACAUUACACUUGUCAGCACAUUCCUCAGAGUCACAAACUGUAUAUAGAUGGUGUCCUCUUAGAAAUACAGUCAAAGGAGAAAGAAAAUGUGUUAAGCGUGCCCCCCCAUAUUGGAAUUAUUCGAGCAUAUACCAUGCUUUUAUAUUAACUCCUAAAGGAAUGUAUGAAAUGUAUAGUCAUACCAUGGCAUUUCAGAUUACCCUCUAACUUGAAACACACUUCUCACAGUAGGACAUACAGGAACAUUGCACUUCUAUGCUACCUAGAAAAAUAUGUAAAUCCAUAGGGCUGUACAUGUUAGGAAGCCUCCCAAUUCAGCAAAAUUGUAGUUUCUUGAUGGUCAGUGCAAUGCAAUGCACUAGCUUUAUGUACUCCUUAAACUAACCCAUUUAGAGAAAAGAAAUGAGUUGGGGAAAUUUGGGGUAAAUUUGAAUAAGUGGGCACCAGAUUCUUCAGUCUUUGUAGUACAUGGAAAGAAACCUUUAUAAAACAACUCUGCAGGCAUCCAAGUCACUGAAAAGGUAGCAUGUUCCAUGGCUAUGUGGCAUCAUAGUCCUUCACUGGGGUACAUCUUUUCGGGAAUCACAAGGACUACAGUGACUUUUUAACAUAUUCCAGAACUGAAUGAAUUUGCUGUUACACCUUUUGCCAUGUUCAGGAUGGAAAGUCAUGGUGAGAGGCCCACACCAAGGAGCCUAGCAAUCGUCAAGUGUCUCCGGGCCCCUGCAGACACCUCACCACCAGCCUGAUUUAGGAGCCACUGAGACUUAUGGCAAAUGCAGAGCUACUUACUUGAAUAUUUACUGGGAGUUCGGGGUCUCUGUAGGUUAGGAAUUAGAGAAAGAAUGCCAAUCUCACUGCUUAAGAAUGCCUGCUUUGAGCAAAGAUCUGUUUUCUUAAGAUAGGUUUCAGCCCAGGCUGGUGCCUUGAGCUGGUUUUGUAGCCAAGGAAGACCUUGAAUUUCUAAAUCUCCUAACUCCACUUCCCAAAGGCUGGGAUUGCAGGUGUGUGCUCCCAUGCCCAGUUUAUGCUUUGUUGGGAAACACAGGGCUUUGUGUAUACUAGGCAAGCACUCAACCCUCUGAGCCACAUCCUCUGCCCUGGUGGGUUUUUAGUAUUUUUUUCUUUUUGUAACUCUAAGGGGAGAUGAAUAUGCCUCAAGCACAGGGAAGGGGCCUUUUGUGACUCCUCAAAUGCUGUGUUGCACUUUAAAACACAAGAGCCAGAAAUGCUGGUGCACACUUCUAGUCACUGCACUGGGAGCAAGAGGCAGUGUAUCCCAGGCCAGCCUGGUCAACAAGGUAAAUUCCAGGACAGCCAGGGCUCUGGAAAGAGACUGUGCCUCAAAAACAACCAACAACUUCCAGGAUUAAAGGACUGUGCCACUAUGCCAGGCUCUGUUAGAAUUUUCUACAUGACCAUAACUGAUGUUUCAGCCAAACAAAAAUAGUAAUUUGUCUUAAGAUCAUUGGAAACUUGAAUUUCAUAGAACUGUACUGUUGUGAUGAUUAUUUGGUACCUUUUGGAAUUUAAUAUAUGAAAUGUUCUGUAUGAAUACAGUGUGGGGAAUGGAAAGCUCUCUUAGGGCAUAGAGCUGUAGGAAUGCCAAUGUAUUUCCCCAUAUAAUAAUAAAUGGCUGUAUCUUUA